AUGCAGCCCAGCGACAAGGCCGCCCCGCUCAAGACGCGCCUCGCCCGCCAGCUCGCCGCCUCGGGCGCCGUCUCGCUCGCCGACCCGAAACUCGCCCUCUACCUCGACGCCAACGACCCGCUCCAGGAGUUCCGCCAGCGCUUCAGCUUCCCCAAGCGCCGCACCGUCUGGCCCGAUGAGUACCGCGCCGAGAAGGAGCGCCUCGGCGAGGACGACCGCGACGAGGAUGCGACAGAAUGCGUCUACCUCGCCGGCAACUCGCUCGGCUUGAUGCCGUGCGACACGCCAGCGUUGCUGCAAGAAGAGUUGUCGGUCUGGAGCGCGUCGGGCGUCCUCGGGCACAUGGACCACGGCUACGGUCGACCCUGGGUCAAGAUCGACGAGCACGUCACGCCCAUCCUCGCCGAAAUCGUCGGCGCCAAGCCGUCCGAGGUGGCCUGCAUGGGCUCGCUCACGGGCAAUCUCCACACGCUGUUCACGUCCUUCUACCGGCCGACGCCGCAGCGACACAAGAUCCUGUACGAGGGCAAGGCCUUUCCCUCGGACGCUUACGCCUUCGCCUCGCACAUCGCCUUGCACGACUACCCGUCCUCGUCCCUCCUUCCGGUCUUCCCGCGCGACGGCGAGCACACGAUCCGGACCGAGGACGUCCUGCGCAUCAUCGAGGACGAGGGCGACUCGAUCGCCGUCAUCUGCUUCGGCGCCGUACAGUACUACACGGGCGAGUGGUUCGACAUGGAGGCGAUCACCAAGGCUGGGCACGCCAAGGGCUGCAUCGUGAGCUUCGACUGCGCGCACGCCGUCGGCAACGUGCCGCUCAAGCUGCACGAGUGGGGCGUCGACUUUGCGUGCUGGUGCUCGUACAAGUACCUCAACUCGGGCCCGGGCGGCAUCGCGGGCCUCUUUGUCCACGAGCGGUGGGAGGACCGGCGCCGGUUGCACGGCUGGUGGGGCCACGACAAGGCGACCCGGUUCGCCAUGCCGGCCAACUACUCGCCUCUUCCCGGCGCAGCAGGGUGGCAGUUCUCGAACCCGUCGGUCCUCGACGUCGUCUCGCUCCUGUCGUCGCUGCGCCUCUUCCAGGAGGCCGGCCAGGUCCCGACGCGCGCGCUCGCCGGCGGGCAGGCGCACGGCCAGCCGAGCCCGAUCCUCGGUUCGCUCAGGGAAAAGUCGGUUGACCUGACUGGGUACCUCGAGCUCCUCCUCACGUCGUCGCCGUUCUACCGGCCCGCGUCGUCGUUCCCUCCUUCAUCCUCCUCCUCCUCGUCGUCCUCCCCCUCAGCCGCCUUCACCAUCAUCACGCCGCUCGACCCGGCACGACGAGGCGCGCAGCUCUCGCUCCUCUUCCACCCGGUCGAGUCGAUGGACUGGAUCUUUGAGCGCUUGCGCGAGCGAGGCGUCCUCGGCGACGAGCGGCGGCCGGGCGUCAUCCGGUUCGCGCCCGUCCCGAUGUACAACUCGUGGCGGGACGUGCACGAGCUUGACUCGCCUCUUCGCACCAGCCCCGAGCAGUAACCACCCUCUUCAAGCCCGCUAGCAGGAGCCAUGUCGUCCAUCGGAACGGGCUACGACCUGUCUACGUCGACCUACUCGCCCGACGGCCGCAUCUUCCAGGUCGAGUACGCCAACAAGGCCGUCGAGAACGCCGGCACGGUGAUCGGCCUUCGCUGCAAGGACGGCAUCGUCCUCGCCGUCGAGAAGCUCGUCCUCUCCAAGCUGCUCGUGCCCGGCGCCAACAAGCGCAUCGCGACCGUCGACCGUCACGCUGGACUCGCAACAGCAGGUCUUCUCGCCGACGGGCGGCAUCUGGCGGGACGGGCACGCGACGAAUGCGAGUCGUACCGGGACAACUACCACACGCGCAUCCCGACCAAGAUCCUCGCCGAGCGCCUCGCCAUGUACUUCCAGGCCUACACGCUCUACUCGUCUGUGCGCCCCUUUGGCCUGUCGGCCAUCCUCGCCGGGUGGGACUCGCCGACCUCGAUCGACGGCUCGGACUCGGUUGUCGAGCGCAAGAGCGAGGGCGUGCCGCAGCUGUACAUGGUCGAGCCGAGCGGGACGUUCUGGGGCUAUCGUGGAUGCGCGAUCGGCAAGGGCCGGCAGCUGGCCAAGACGGAGAUUGAGAAGCUCCCGCUCGACACGAUGACGGCCCAGGAGGCGCUCGUCGAGGCGGCGCGCAUCAUCCACACGGUGCACGACGACGCAAGGACAAGGACUUUGAGCUCGAGCUGACGUGGAUCGCGCCGCAAAGCGGAUGGCUGCACAAGCCGGUCCCCAAGGAGCUCGCGGACGAGGCGGAGGCCAAGGCCAAGGCGGUCAUUGAUGCGGCCAACGCGAUGGAGGACUGAGCGCGCGAGUCGGGCCCGCCGCGUCGUACCCCCUUACCAUCCCUCCGGUCGCCUACUUUCUCUCUCGAGCUGUACAUCGAGCGUGGACCCGCACUGCAUGCAACGAGGUCGACCUACCUUCUGUGUU